AUGGAGAUCAUAUGCAAAGCUGACUGCUACGUGCUGGCCAUCAACGGCCGAUUCCUGCUGCAAUACGGUCACUGCCUGAUGGACCUCAAGUCCAUUGAUCACCUGGAAAUCACUGGGGAUCUCGAGCUCACUGCAGUAACCCCCUUCUCCAAUGGUAUCUCUCUGCAGUCACUGACUGACCUGUCCCCAUCUUCCCAACAGCUUCCUUACCACACCUCCAUUCCAGGUGGGCUGUUCCCAGGCAGAAUCAUCACUGUGUCAGGCAUUGUCCCAUCCAAUGCUAAGAGCUUCAUCAUCAACCUGUACACCGGGAAGGACAUCGCCUUCCACCUGAGAACUCUUUUUGAUGAAGACACUGUGAUCCUAAACACUCAGAUCCGUGGCAUCUGGGGUGAAGAGGAGCGAAGCCUGCCCUGCAAUAUGCCCUUCAAACGAGGACGCAGCUUUGCGAUGGAGAUCAUAUGCAAAGCUGACUGCUACGUGCUGACCAUCAACGGCCGACGCCUGCUACAAUACUGCCAUCGCCUGAUGGACCUCAAGUCCAUCGAUCACCUGGAAAUCACUGAGGAUCUCGAGCUCACUGCAGUGCGAGUCUAGGUGGGCUCACUGAUCUGGGGCACCAGCCUGUGUCUCUCCCCCUGCCCUCUUCUUCCACGCCCUGCAGCAGCUUGCAGAGCCCUGACUCUAAGCAGAGAUUUCCACUCACUAUAACAGCAGGAAAAGCUCCAGCUGUAAUCUUGCUGGCAGUGUGAUGGUCCUGAGCAAGCUAGGACCUCAGCAAAGGCCCACAUGGCAUGCAGUUCUCAAUCACCCUCCUACCUUCUCUGUGACCUGUUGGGUCCCAAGUCACAGAUGUGCACAGCACUGACAAGGAGAUCUGCACAUCCUUCCCAUUCCUGUGACCCUAACCUUUCUCCUCGGCUUUGCACCCUGCUGGGACACAAUCCCCUUGAAAAGGCUGUUCUGGUCAUGUAAUGCUUGCUUCCUGUAUCAUUCCCACUGAGGGCUCCCCUUUCCUGGCAUCUUUGAAAUAAAGAAAACUUUGUGGUGU